AUGGGGGAUAUAGACAUGUUUGGUGGCCUCAUCGCGCUGCUGCUUCUGCUGCUGGUGUUCACUGUGGCUCUGUAUGCCCAGCGGCGCUGGCAGAAGCGCCACCGAAUCCCCCAGAAGAGCGCGAGCACGGAAGCCACUCAUGAGAUUCACUACAUCCCGUCCGUGCUGCUGGGACCCCAGGCCCGGGAAAGCUUCCGUUCCUCUCGGCUGCAGGCUCACAAUUCUGUCAUUGGCGUGCCCAUCCGGGAGACCCCCAUCCUGGAUGACUAUGACUACGAAGAGGAUGAGGACCUACCCCGGCGGGCCAACCACGUCUCCCGGGAGGAUGAGUUUGGCAGCCAAGGGACGCACACCCUGGACAGUCUGGGCCGGCCUGGAGAAGAGAAGGGGGACUUUGAGAAGAAAGCAGCAGCUGAGGCGACGCAGGAGACAGUGGAGUCCCUGAUGCAGAAGUUCAAGGAGAGUUUCCGCGCUAACACGCCCAUCGAGAUCGGUCAGCUGCAGCCAGCCCCGCGCAGGGCCUCGGCAGGGAAGCGGAAGCGGAGGAGCAAGUCUCGAGAAUCAUGCCGCAGUGUCCCCGAUCGGUCAUCUCAGCUGAGGCUUGUAGACGGCAUACCUGUGCCCCUGGGUGUGGAGUGUCUCUGA